AUGCCUCUUCCCCGGUUCCAACCCGAUCUGGUGUAUCACGAUGCCUCGAUGCACCUCCGACUGCAACAAGGUUUUGUCACAGGCCUGGAGGGUGACUUUCUGCCGAUUGUCUCUGGGUAUGGCACCCUCCAUCAUGAUCUAGAGGUCAAUGUUUGCCUUUGGGCCCCGGAGCACUUUGAGGAAUUCAGAGUCCCAGGAUCUAUGUCUAGGCAUCGCCUUCGUGAGACACUCACCGAGAAAGCUAGGUCAUGGGGCCGAGGCCAAGUUGUCCCUGCAGCUACGUCACCACACGCUCUGGCUGUACACUUCGUCGCUGUUACCACCGAGUCGGGAUAUCGCACAACACUCUUCGCAUCGGAUACAUCCUGCAUUUGCAUCGAUGUGCCUCGUGAAGCUCCGCAGGACUUCCUCUUGAGACAGUGUGAGGCUAAGCUGCGAUCCGACUGUGUGCGUUUCCUGCCGAUGGCUACGCCGCUCCGGCAUGGCGAUGUCAUUCGGGUUGAGCUUGACAAGGAAUUUGGGCGAGCUGAUGCUAGCCGCUUUCUCCUUUACUCUGAGCUCGCUCGGCCAUCUCGGUGGUUAGAUGUGCUGCCGUAUCGCCAGCUUGCGGUUUUGACGGUUCAUCGCGGUGUGCAAAUUCUGCACGACACUGUCACUGGCCGAAGCCCUCACAGUGCGGUUCAAGCAUGGCUUCGGGAGCGGAAUCAUGUGCCUAGGCAGGCUGUGGAGGUCCCGGAGCUCUCCAACAUGGUAGGCUUUCCAUGUUUCCAGACCAUUGUAGCUGGUGCCACUAAUGCCGUCCUGUGGCUGCACGACCAUUUUGGCAACCCCAACACUGGGCUAGCCUUGGCCGCUGUUGGUUCCUUCUCUGUCGCGGUCGAUGUGCUCGAAGCAUGUGCACGAACGUCUACUUCAGCCAGAGCAGUGUGCAGCUUGGUGUCCACCGCAGACCUCAGGACCGUCCACACCGUGCAUGGCCUGUGUGCCAAAGGAACGGGCACCAAGACCCUGUUUGUUCGCAUGGCAUUUGACCUGCAAGCUCUUCCUGGAGACAGCAUUUCCGUCCACCGUCAAAGGGCAACAGUUCUGCGUACUAGGACUCCCACCGGGCUAGCCGGAUCAGGUCGCAGUCCGGCCUCCAGGCAAGGUGCUGCUGCCACUAGGGAUGCUGACGGAGACCUCCGAGUCAUCCGGUGUGAAGCCGAUGACGUCUCUUGGGACGCGGUGGUCUCCCUCAGUGGCCUCACUCCGUGGGAUGCUGCUGACCUUGUGGUCACAACUGAGGACAAGGUAGCUGGUGGAUUGUCCGUGACUUACUUAGUCGCGAGCUCCUUCGACCAGUCAUAUGGUUUCCCUGUGCUGGACAUCGGGGUCUCUGGAGCACAAGUGGUCUCCACUGGAAUCCGUCCCGGCCGCCAGCUCGGCCUGGUCGCCAUGUGGUUACUUGAUGUCGAGGUCUGGACAGGGAACUCCAUGCAACAAGCAGUCCAGAUCCCACAGGUGCGCGUGUACACGGCCAUCCGCAUCUGGAUCGUCGAUCAUCCAUCUUCCAUUCAAUUGUCAGGGCCUCCUUGGCCGACUGAGGAGGAAAUUCAUGGCAUUGUUCAGCUAGGAGGGUUCGGGGUCGAGCGGGGCACCCUCAUUUCCAUCCGAGGUGCGGCUGACCCAGCCGUCUACGACGCUGCCUAUGUACUCCUGCAUUUUGGCCAUUCUGGAAUGGCUGCUUGCUUCGUGCAGCUCGACGGCCGCGCUGCGGUUUUUGCUUUUGAUGUGCAAUACUUCGACUGGGCUGCCUUCGGAAGGUGGGUCGCGGAUGUUUUUCGUGCGCCGAGGGAGUUGGUACAGGUGGUCACCGCAGGUGGGCACUCAGCCUCGCCGUUGGCCCUAGUUCAUUCCAGCCAGCUUUCCCUGCUGGCCCUGCGAGCUCCACUGCCUGUGGGGCCUGCCCGUCGUUGGUCUCACAACGGCAUGCUGCUAUCCAAACGGCGCAUGUCCCAGCGGCCGAAGGUUUGCCCUCUGCAGAGGUUCCCUUACUGCAAGGUCGAGGCCGAGAUGGCGCACUCGGCUGCACGUACUUGGGUCAUGCCCCUUGCCUUUCUCCUUCCAAUCUGGGGAGCGCCCACUUUGGAGGCCAAGUGCCUUGUGGGUCUACCGGCCAGCAUCGGCAUGCGCAUACGUCAGGCUGCCUUGGCUAAUGACUUUCUGCAGGACCAUGCCCUGCUGAGGGGAUGGCCAGCCCUAGUCCCUGUCCGUCCACAGCCCGACUGCGGAGCACUUCAUAUGAUUCCACGUGCCGUCGACCCUCUUCGUGCCAAUGUGAUCCUGCGUGGCGAUGACGAACGGCUCUGGGCUGUUUCUUUCCCCUCCCACCUCACGGUCGAUGAUGUCCAACAUCUUACCUUGGAGGGUAGCCGCAUCAGCCUUCGCACACCUCAGGAAGCGGGCUCAACUACGGCAACUGCUGCCAUGAAUCUGCGCGAUGGCGACUGCGUUCGAUUUGCAUAUGCUGGGCCUCCCCGGCCAGAGCCCGCCUCCGACGGCUCAUACACCAGUAGGAGCACAGGGAGGAUGCCACUCUUCUGGCUCACUCUCUUUUCGCCUGGUCUCGGCAGAAUGCGUUGGGUCCUGCUUUGCUGGCUGUGCACCGGGGCUUUUGCAAUGUUCGAGCCGCGCUCCACAGGUCCCGUCUUUGUCCCCUUCUUUCCUGACUAUGUUAGGCAAGGGUUGCACACUAACCUGGUGAGGGUCGGUCGUUUUCCUUGGCGUGCGCACUUUGAUGAGGCGAACUUACUCAUGCUUGUCGAGGGACGGCAAUGCCAGGUUGCCUGCCUUAGCCCCUUCUGGGGCGCGGGCAAAGCAGUCAUUGUGGAUGCUGAGGCUUCUUGCACCCAUUCCUUCAGUCGGGCGGACAAGGACAGGAUCCUCUGGGCAGAUGGCUAUGCUCCAGUUUGGCCAGCUCCAGUUGCGGUUGAGCUCACGGUUGUCCCGACCCCUCCUGAUCCUACUACUGUCUGUAUCGUUGCGAGAGUCUGGCACGCCACUGUUGCGCUGCUGACACCGCGAGUCGUGACGGUAGAAUGGCUGCUGCGUGCUCUGAGCAAGCAAGGCAAGCAGUUGCGAUCUGGGGAUUAUAUCUUAGCCAUUCCUGAAAUGGUGACGGGACCGGGCACUACAGCUACAGAUGACGAAUCCUUCCUCCGACACGCUGUGCCAUGGAGCUUGCCAUUUCGAAUCCUCGCCCCAGUUCGGGUACGGCUUUGGAGGCCGGGGGACAAGAUCCCACAACAAGUGUCGGUUGAGGCCGGUAGCACAUGGGACCCCGACCUGCUCACUUUCUCCAGUUUUCCGUUAAGCCAUCUAGCUGGGUCCUGGGUACCAGUGCCGUGGGUCAAUGAUGAGGUGCCCAAUCUUGUCGUCUGCGCCUCUGCGCACCAGGACACAGCCAUUGUGCUCCAUGAGAGCGAGGGGGGCUGCUCAUGUGUCUGCCUUGACAACCCGUGCACAGAGGAAAGCCUUGCCACAGCCCUGUCGGCCGCGCCUUCCACUCUUCGGAUCGUGGGAGGUGUGCUACGCGCCAGCCGACCCUUCACUCUCCGUGACGGGGACAUUGUUCUCAGCGCCUCACAUACUCCGCGAACCUCCGAGGAGAACAUUGCUGACGCCCACCCCGCAAGCAGUGCUUCAGGCGUGUCGCACAGCCAGGCCCUGUCCAGAGCUUUCCUUGUGGCUAUCCUCUCCGUGUUGUCGGACAAUCCGCUUAUACGGCUGGGAAGUUUGCUAAGCAUCUUGAGCGCCAGCCAAGCCAUGGAUACGGUCGCUGACGACACGUGCAGUCAGCCGGCCUCUGGCUCGAGAGAUCGCUCUAGAUCCCCGGUGAGCGCACAGCUGCGGGAUCUACCUGUUCAUGAAGCAGGCAGAGUGCACGCUAUCCCUCUGAUUGCACAGUUGGCUGGCCCCAGUCCUGACAGCUGUCCUAUCCAGGUUUGGUGUCCCUUUGCAGGCGUUACCGCAGCGGUUUCGGUGAGGAUAGAAGCAUUCUGGCAGCAGAUUGAAGCUAUUGCCUUGCAGCACUCCCCAACCGUCAUCGUCGAUGGUCUGGGCACUACCUUUGCUGUGCUUCUGCCCACUGUCAUCACCCUUGAUGCACUCAAGACUGCCAUGACGGUUCGGGUUGGUGUGCCGGUCCGUAUCGAUGUUCCGCUCCCGUGUUUGAUUCUCGGCGCCAUCGACUCCAACUUGUACCUUCGUAACGGGGACCGACUCUCCAUUGCCUUGGCUUCUGCUCACCCACUUCGUCAGCCGGCGGCCUGGCCCUGGUUCCGGGACUGGCAAGAAGCGGGGCAGGAGGCGGUUUGGCACAACACCUUUCUGGUUGUUCACUCUGGGGUUGUUGUCUUAUGGUCGCCGGAUACUACGGCCACUGCCGUGACCAUCCCGGCAGGUAGUCAUUGGGACCCUAGAGGGAUGACUAUUCGAAGCCCAGGCGGCCGGGCCCUCAACGGACGUUGGGUGCCCAUGCCAGUUCGUCCGAGCCGCAAGCCGUGGUUGCUGCGUCGCUCCGCCGACAAGCUGCGCCGAACUGUGCUUCUCUCCGGUGACACCCCUGUCUGUCGGCACCUGCACCAGGCUGAAGCGGCCGCCUACCUGGAGGAAGGCGCCUAUGUUGUUUCUGCUGGAGUCAACGAUAAGUUACCCGACCUCCCGGACCCCGAGCUCAGAGACGGGGACUGGCUGGCUGUUGAUGAGGACGCAGCCAGCGAUGCGCCUCCGGCCUGGAAUGGCACCAUCUCCCGCUUUGCACGGCCGCCGGCCUCCUUCCCCGACUGGAACAAUUUGGGCCGUGGCUAUGGGCUAUACGAUGAUCGCAAGUUCUUUUUCUCCGCUGCGGCGGGCGGCCAGCGCCGCGCUUUCUUGGGGAAGCAAGCCCAAGCCCUCUCCCUCGAUGUGCUUUGUCUACAGGAGUGUCGGAGCAAUGCCGGAAGGUAUGUCGCCGGCCCUUAUCUCACCUGGCGCAGUGGGCAUGAGAAGGGUCAAUACGGGGUGGAAAUUUGGGUCCACCAAGGUGCCUUUGGCGGCGAUCUGCAGCUCCAAGACUGGCGCAUUGUGGCUUCCUCCCCCAGGUAUUUGGCGAUCCGCUGUCAACGGCCUGCCUUUCCGGUCGUCAUCAUCUCUGCUCAUGCACCUCAUGCAGACAGGCCUCAGCAGGACAUCGUUGACUUCUGGACCACUUCCUUGAGGCACCCGCUACUUGGAGCCGCUUGCAUCAAGGGCAAACUUGGUGUUAUCCGUGCGACAUCCUCGCAGUGCCUUCCGGAAUUUGAUAUCAUCAACAGCACUCUGGAUCACGUUCCGAUCUCCUGCGGCCUACAAAUCUGCGCAGAAACGGUGGCAAAUGCCCAGGACCGAAGGCGGCGACCUAUCCCCCCUGACUCAGUUGCUACUGCCAUCGCCAGUCGUGUGUGGGAAAACUUCUCCUACCCCGGGGAUCCUGAGAGAGCCACCUCAGCUCUUACAAAGAGGUUCCACCGGUUUGCCAAGGCUGAGCAGCGCCCUGACAGAGUAGUGCCACGGCAGCCGUACAUCUCUGAUGAAGCUAUCACGGUCCUCACUGCCCUCAAGGAGCGACGCCGGCAGCUCCGAUCUCACGCACGAGUGUGUAGUCGUAAUCUGAUGCACUUGGCCUUUCGGAUCUGGAGCACGCCAGAUCGCCCUCGGGGCCAUGUUCGACAGUGUGUGCGAAAUGGGCACCGCGCCUACGCCCGCACCUGGCUAGCGGUUCUCAGGAUGAAGGAGCACGCGCACUGGCUCGCCAGACGUGACAAGGCUGCCCACUUCCAGCAGCUCACACAGAGUGCCACCGACUUCUGGCUCGACACCGGGCGAGCCAUGGAAGCCACUCACCGGCUCCGCUGGGCCUCUAAGCGCGCUGCCGAGCGACGCAAGGUCUUUGCUGCCGGAGGUCAUGACAUUGAUGCUGAUUUGCUCCGGCAGUUCCAACAACAGGAAGAUGGUCAGCGCCUCACUGCUCAGGAACUGCAAGCUGAGCUCCGCAAAGCUUCUGAAAGCUCCUGUAGGCCGUGUUCUGGGGCCCUGCCGUCACUCCUCGAUGUCGAGCAUCAAUGCCGACGACAAAAGCUUCGCAAAGCGCCCGGGCCGGACCGAAUCAGUAACGGUCUGUGGAAAGGCCAGCCGGUCGCGGCGGCCCAAUGGCUGUGGAUGCUGUGCGCGGACAUUGCGGGUCGAGGGAAGGAGCCCCCUCAGUUCAAGGCUGCUCUGGUCCAGUGCCGCCGUAGAGUGCACACCGGUUUUGCUGUGGCAUCUUUUCGAUCGCUUGUUGCCUUGAGUGACUUCGCGGGUCGUUCGUGGUUCGCCUUGUUCCUGGAUGUGCAAGCUGCCUAUUAUGAGGCGGACAGACAGCUCUUGUUUGGCCAGGACCAUGGCAGGGCAAGGCAGCGAGAGGCCUCCCGCCUCGUUUCUGGCCUCCUCGCAGAUGGAGUCCUCCGUCACCGAGGCAUGGCCGAGGAUGUGUGUGCGCUCCUUGAGGACUGCGUACGUUGCUCCCACUGGUCGCUCUGCGGUCAUGAUGCCAUCAUCCUAGCUGGCAGGGGUAGCCGGCCUGGCGACGGACUGGCGGAUGUGCUCUUCGGGGCAAUUUUCGCACAAAUCCUUGAUGAUGUUGAGGCACAGCUUGUGUCCCUGCAGAUUGGACACCGCUCAGCCUCUGAGGCCGUAGGUGGCCCGUGCAGACCGAUUCAGAUCGCCUGGGCUGAUGAUCUCUCGGUCCUGGUUGACGCCGACUCGGCAACCCAACUUGCUGACGAGGCGCUCGACGUCCUGGUGCCGGCCGCCACACCGCAAGUCGCCACCAUCCUGUGCCGGGCGCGCCUUGCAGUUCAAAUCGCCACCACUGCCCCUGCUGCCGUCCUUGAUCUUGUUGAGGCCUCUUGUGAGCGCGAUUUGCCGUGGACGUCCCUGCUCAAGGACGCAGUGUGCACAGUCGGUACUUUCGCGGGGCUGUCUCCUGAUCAGUUACGUGACAGCCCGAUGCGGAUUGCCCGCGCCCAUGACAGACUCCUGAGAGGCGCCUGCCGACGGUUCGGCAGAUUCGGCUCAGGGCUGCUUGCCUUCCACAGGCUCUGGCGCAGCCGCGCCAUCCGUGCACAAACUGGCACUAUCGGCCAGUCUAAUCCGGUGCAGUGCCCAAUGUGCGGAUGGAUUGGACGUACUGCCCAGGCUCUUGCGGCACACCGGCAUCGCAAACACGGCACCCUGGCUAGAGCCACUGAGCUCUGCAAUGGUACUACCUGCAGUUGGUGUCUUCGAGACUUCCAUUCCUCUGAUCGUCUCAAGUACCACAUCGUCACCUCGGCCGGAUGUCGCCUUCCCCUGGAGAUCUCUGUGGGGGCGCACCACCAAUACGGGUCGGGUACGAAACGGCGAGGCCCGCAGCAACAUCGCCGGCUGCCCCCGAUUCAGCUGUGCGGUCCUCGCAAUGCCACCCCGGCUGAGCGGCUCGCCCUGGACAAUGAUCAGCCGUGGGAUGCCGCAGCCCUUCUUGUCGAGUGGGAAGAGGCCCAGGCCUCCCUCGAGGCCGAGGAACCCCCACACACCGUAGCAGCUGAAUCCGAAGCGGCCACUGCUCCAUGUCUGCCUGCCUCUGCCUCUGCGCUUGCGAUUGCCCAGCUGGCUGGCAGAAGCUUCUUCUUUCAAGACCAAGGCCUUGCACCAUCCCCCCUUUGGUCUGGGUUGCGGCGCGGAGCUGCAGGCUGGUGGCUUCCACACAUUUGGCAAAACAUCGCACGGUUCUGGCAGGCCAUGGCCGAUUCUGCUGCACUCUCGCCCUCAAUCCUGACUGGUUACCGGGCGGCCAUCCGCUCUCUUGCGGAUGUCCGUGACGUCCCGGCUCACUGCCCGGUAUCCGGGGGAAUCUCCGCUACGGGCCCUGAGCUUCUUCUGCGGCAUACACUCACUUUUCUGCACCUUGCUCGCCUGGUGCCGUUGGGUCAUGCCUUGUGCUCUGCUGUGCCACCCAGCAGUUGUCUUCGCGCGGCUUUGGGUUGCAUUUGCCCGGAUGCCGCCUGGUCUCUCACUGUCUUGCAGGAUCAUCCUGUUUGGAUUUUCGCUUCCCUCGGUUCAUCCCUGUCGCGGCUUGCCUUUCUUUUUCGGCAUCCGCCCUCUCCUCUUGCUUUCGCGGCUCCCCAUCAGCUGUCUUCUUCCUGA